UCAAAAGCAUAGAGGUAAUUGUCGUAAUAAAGAAAGCAAAAAGACAUUGCCUCCAGCUCACAGACACUAGCCAGUGUCGACACACACAACUUCUUCUGCUUUGCUCUGUACACACUCCACAAAAGUCUUCACCUCUCUUUCUCCGCUUCCUCCCAAACAUCUAAUAGCAAUGUGGUACCCUCUUACCUUCUUCUUCCUCCUCCUCCUCCACUCACUAAACCAUAUCAACAUUUAGAGAAAGAAAAUUAAUUUUCUCCAUCAAUGGCUUUCUUCUUUUUCUUCUUCCUCUCCCUCUUGACUCUCUCUUCUUCUUCCUCUUCCAACGACAUGAACUCUUUGACUUACAUAGUCCACGUCGACCACGAAGCUAAACCCUCAAUCUUCCCCACUCACCGACACUGGUACACCUCCUCACUCACUUCCACUCCUUCCUCCAUCAUCCACACAUACGACACCGUUUUCCACGGCUUCUCCGCAAGACUCACAUCUCAAGAAGCUACUCAGCUCUUAAACCAUCCCCACGUCAUCUCCGUUAUCCCCGAGCAAGUCCGUCAACUGCACACCACUCGCUCCCCCGAGUUCCUCGGCCUCAGGUCCACCGACAAAGCGGGUCUACUCGAAGAGUCCGACUUCGGGUCGGAUCUCGUCAUCGGAGUCAUCGACACAGGUAUCUGGCCCGAGAGACCCAGCUUCGACGACCGCGGUCUCGGUCCCGUUCCCGCCAAAUGGAAAGGCCAAUGCGUACCCUCCCAAGACUUCCCGGCGACGGCGUGUAACCGCAAACUCGUCGGAGCGAGAUUCUUCUCCGGCGGGUACGAAGCGACCAACGGGAGAAUGAACGAGACAACAGAGUCUCGCUCUCCCCGCGACUCCGACGGCCACGGGACCCACACCGCCUCCAUCUCCGCCGGCCGUUACGUUUUUCCGGCGUCAGUUCUCGGCUACGCUCGCGGCGUCGCCUCCGGGAUGGCUCCGAAAGCCAGGCUCGCCGCCUACAAAGUCUGCUGGAGCUCCGGCUGCUACGACUCCGACAUCUUGGCGGCGUUCGACACGGCGGUCGCCGACGGUGUCGACGUCGUCUCUCUCUCCGUCGGAGGCGUCGUGGUUCCCUACCACCUCGACGCCAUCGCCAUCGGAGCCUUCGGAGCGAUCGACAGAGGGAUAUUCGUCUCCGCCUCCGCCGGAAACGGCGGUCCCGGCGGUUUGACGGUGACGAACGUCGCGCCGUGGAUGACGACGGUCGGCGCCGGAACCAUCGACCGUGACUUCCCGGCGAACGUGAAGCUCGGUAACGGUAAAACGAUUCCCGGCGUCAGCGUUUACGGUGGACCGGAUCUUGAUCCGGGUCGGAUGUACCCGCUUGUGUACGGUGGUAGUUUACUCGGAGGUGACGGUUACUCUUCGUCUCUGUGUAUAGAGGGAUCGUUGGAUCCGAGUUUGGUGAGAGGCAAGAUCGUUCUCUGCGACAGAGGUAUCAACUCUAGAGCAGCCAAAGGAGAGAUCGUGAGGAAGAACGGUGGCUCGGGGAUGAUUAUAGCGAACGGCGUCUUCGACGGAGAAGGUCUAGUAGCUGACUGCCACGUGUUACCUGCGACUUCGGUUGGUGCUUCUGGAGGCGAUGAGAUUAGGAGGUACAUAUCUGAGUCAACGCGUUCGUCGAAACAACCAACGGCUACGAUUGUUUUCAAAGGGACCCGGCUUGGGAUCCGACCCGCACCGGUAGUUGCGUCUUUCUCCGCUCGUGGGCCUAAUCCGGAGUCGCCGGAGAUUCUUAAACCGGAUGUUAUCGCACCCGGUUUGAACAUUUUGGCAGCUUGGCCUGACCGGAUUGGUCCAUCCGGUGUGCCUUCCGAUAACCGGAGAACGGAGUUUAACAUUUUAUCAGGCACUUCGAUGGCGUGCCCGCACGUGUCUGGUCUCGCAGCUUUGCUCAAGGCGGCUCAUCCUGAUUGGAGUCCGGCAGCGAUAAGGUCAGCAUUGAUGACUACGGCUUACACUGUAGAUAACCGAGAUGAGCCAAUGCUGGAUGAGUCAACCGGGAAUACAUCUUCGGUUAUGGAUUACGGGUCGGGUCAUGUUCACCCGACCAAAGCUAUGGAUCCGGGACUAGUCUACGAUAUCACAUCUUAUGAUUACAUCAACUUCUUGUGUAACUCCAACUACACGGGAUCCAAUAUUGUGACAAUAACCCGACGGAAAGCUGACUGCGAUGGUGCUAGACGCGCGGGACAUGUUGGGAAUUUGAAUUAUCCGUCGUUUUCAGUCGUGUUUCAGCAGUAUGGUGAGAGUAAAAUGUCGACACAUUUCAUCAGGACAGUUACUAAUGUAGGUGAUUCUGACUCGGUUUAUGAGGUUAAGAUUAGGCCACCGAGAGGGUCGAACGUGACGGUUGCGCCGGAGAAGCUAUCGUUCAGACGUGUUGGUCAGAAACUGAGUUUUGUUGUUAGAGUUAAGACUGCGGAGGUGAAACUGUCACCAGGAGCUACAAAUGUUGAGACUGGUCAUAUAGUUUGGUCGGAUGGGAAACGAAAUGUUACAAGUCCUUUGGUGGUUACUCUUCAACAACCUCUGUGAAGGGCUUUUUUAGGAUUUAGAGACCAGAAAAUCGUGGCCUCGUUGUUUUUGUUUUAUAAAAUGUGAAAGUAAGAGAUCAUAAGCUCUUGUUGCUGUAAUGUCUAAGAUCGUUAUUGGGUUCAUGUAAUAUAUAACGUUCAUUUGAUGAUGUGGGCUUUUAAUGAGGCUUGUAGAGCUUAAAACUCUGAGCCCAAAUCUUUUACUUUUGUUUCGAGAUGUUUGUUUUCUUGUUCAAGGUGAAUAUAUUAUGAUUCCAUUAUUUCA